AUGAUGGCAUUGAAAGCGCUCCUUCGAGUCGUGGGCGCAGUCCUCCUCGUCUUCGACGCGACCGCGUCGAACUGCACGGGCGACUCCGGCGACGCCUACGACUUCACGGGCCAGGCCUACGCGGGCCAGCGCGUUCUCGCGCUCGUCAACGGUAACCCGAGGUCGAGCAAGAACAAAGAUGCGGGCGACAACCUCACCUGGGUGUGCUACGGCACGUACGAGGCCCGCCACACGGCCUACAGCCGCGCCAUUAAGUACGGCGACUCGACGCUCAUGACGACGACGUACGCGGAGGGCGUGGAGAUCGUCGCCCUGCCCGUGAAUCCGUCGGCGCCGGACGGGAGCGACGUGAACUGCGGCCUCGAGAUGGUGAACAACGCCUACAACACGAAGCUCGACGCGCCGCUCUCCGUGGGCGCGUCGAACGUCGUCGUCUGGACGGCGGACGACGCGCUCGAGCUCGUCGACGCGGUCCCCCGGGCUUUGGGCGACCCGGCGGCGUUCGUCCUCGGCAACGACGGCGGAACCACGGACUGCACGUUCACGACGCCCCUCGGCGAUUUCGUCGUCGCCGCGCGCUCGCGGGCCGUCGUCAACGUCACCGACGCCUGCGCCGCCGCCGCCGGCGGCUUCGCCGUCGCCGCGGACUGCGGCGGCCUCCGAGCUUCGGCGACGUACUGCUCCGGCGCGUUCUGCCCCGGCGCGUCGACCUACUUUGGCGUCGUCUACGACGAGGACGGCGCGGGGAUCAGGCUCGAGCGGACGCAGGCGACGGCCUGCGGCAGCGCCUGCGGCGACCUCGACUGCGACGCGCCGCGCCCGCCGAAGGGCGCGUGCGCCGGCGACAGCGGCCCCGCGGCCGACGGCGCCGGCCGCGUCUACGCGCAACACGUGGUCCUCGCCGUGCUCAACGCGGAUCCGUCGUCGGCCUACGCGUGCUUCCGCUUCGACGACGGCGCCGCGCAAUUUUCCGCGCCGGUCGCGUACGGCGCGUCGUUCCAUUUCGUCGCGAACGCGACGUCCGCCGUCGCCGUCGCCGCCAAGUCCGUCGACGGCGCCGGCGACGCGUGCGACCGCGGAUCUCUUUUGAACAAGCUUCAGUACCGCACGACGGCCGAAUCGCUCGCGCUCGCGCCCGCGCACGUGAAUUUCGUGGUCCUCACGCCGGCGCCGAAGCUCCUCCAGCUGAAGAUCUUCGACACGCAGGACUUCCCGGAGGUCGACACCUUCGUGCUCGCGAACUUCGCGGAGGACGCGUCGGGCCUCGAAAACCCUUCGGCGGGCUACUGCCGCUUCGUCGACGCGUCGGGCUACGUCGGCGCCGACGGCCUCGCCAUCGAGGCCUACUCCUUCUACGAGGACGUCUGCGACCGCGUCGCCGCCGACGGGGGCUACGAGACGAUGCGCGCCGACUGCAAGAGCUUCGACCCCAGCGGCGCCAGAGUCGUCUCGACGGCGGCGACCUUCUGCGCGGACGCGUUCUGCCCCGGGAGCGCGACGCUCUUCGCGACGCUCGACGACGGCGAGGGCGGCGUCUUCGUCGCGCGCGCGCUCGGCGCGCCCUGUGGGAAAGGCCACUGCGGCUCGGCGUAA